AAAAGCCAAGAAAAAGAGGGGAAAUGGAUAAAGAAAAUCUUCUGCAAAAAAAGAGAAUAUUGUUCUCUCUACCAUGCUUUCUGCUUUAAGACCAUAUAUAUAAGAGCUCCCAGGACCACCAAAGGAUGUCAAGUCUCUUAGAGUCUAUCUCAUCUCCAUCUACAAUAGCUUCACAUUGAAUUGAAAAAAGAAAAUGAUAAUAUCUUCCUAUUUUUUGUCCAUUUUGUUUUGCAUAUUCUUCCUUGUUGUUGACACAAAUGGGAACCAGAUCAUAGUAGUUAACAACUGCAAUGAAAGCAUUUGGCCAGGAAUUCUUGGGGGAGCAGGGCAGCCGACUCCGAAAGAUGGAGGCUUUCAUCUGAGUAGUGGCGAGGAAGUAGUCCUGGACGUACCUGAGAAGUGGUCGGGGAGGAUAUGGGCGCGCCAGAACUGCUGCUUUGACGAGAAUGGGAAAGGCUCGUGCGACACAGGGGACUGCGAGGGCCAGUUACACUGCAAGGGGAGGGGCGGGGUGCCACCAGCCACGGUGGUGGAGAUGACACUGGGAACAUCCUCCUCCCCCCUGCAUUUCUAUGAUGUCAGCUUAGUAGAUGGCUUCAACUUGCCUGUUUCAAUGAAGCCGGUUGGCGGGGGGAUAGGGUGUGGCGUGGCGUCCUGCGAGGUUGAUCUCAACAUAUGCUGCCCUUCUGCAUUGGAAGUGAGGGUGGGUGGGAAGGUGGUGGGGUGCAAGAGCGCCUGCUUGGCAAUGCAGUCUGCCAAGUACUGCUGCACUGGCCAGUACUCGAACCCCAAAACCUGCAAGCCCACACUUUUCGCGAAUCUGUUCAAGGCCAUUUGCCCCAAAGCUUAUAGCUAUGCCUUUGAUGAUUCCUCUAGUCUGAACAAAUGCAGGGCUUCUAGAUAUGUGAUCAUCUUCUGCCCUCCAACAUGAAGGCUGGCAACCUGGCAAGACAUGAAAGUGUUGAGCAUUUUAUGUAAUUCUCAGACAUCAUUCAUGCUGAUAAUGUUGUACUGGUUUUUGAUAAAAGUUAUAGAGUAGUUUCUUACUAGAUGUGUAGACAGAUGUUAUGCAGAUGUCAUUCUUCUUCA